CGAAAAUGCCCUCCCCGGUCUUCCCAUCUCCAUAUAGGCACCUAUUUCCCGCCUUAGCACUCACGGCGCCAAAACACACAGACAUACUCUCUCUCUCUCUCUCCAAAAACCCUAAUUCUUCCAUUUCAAAAACCCACUCAACCUAAGGAAAAUGAGAGGAGGAACCGUUCAGAUAAACUGGCACGACACCAAACCCGUCCUAACCCUAGAUUUUCACUCCCCCACCCGCUUUCUCGCCACGGGCGGUGCAGAUCAUGAUAUCAAGCUUUGGCUAAUAACUCAAAGCGACGUGGAAAAGAAAGCUCCAACAGCUUCCUACCAGAAUUGCCUUUCAUAUCAUGGUUCUGCUGUAAAUGUAUUGCGCUUCUCUCCUUCUGGAGAGCAUCUUGCAUCUGGUGCUGAUGGAGGGGAGCUAGUCAUAUGGAAGUUACACUUUGGGGAUGAUAGCAAUACUUGGAAAGUACUAAGGACAUUAUCAUUUCAUCGCAAGGAUGUUCUGGAUCUGCAGUGGUCAACAGAUGGUUCCUUUCUUGUUUCUGGGUCCGUGGAUAACUCCUGCAUUAUAUGGGAUGUUAAUAAAGGUUCAGUCCAUCAGAUUUUGGAUGCCCAUUUACAUUAUGUUCAAGGUGUUGCAUGGGAUCCAUUGGGUCAGUAUGUAGCUUCAAUUAGUUCAGAUCGAACUUGUCGGAUAUAUGUUAACAAGCCUCAGGCUAAAGUGAAAGGACAUGAAAAGGUGAACUAUGUUUGUCAGCAUGUUCUCACGAAGGUGGAACACCAAAAGGUAGAUGACUCUAAGCCACAGUCAAGUAAAACACAUCUAUUUCAUGAUGAGACGCUGCCAUCCUUCUUUCGAAGAUUAGCAUGGUCACCUGAUGGAUCAUUUUUACUAGCACCAGCAGGUACUUGCAAGUUCUCACCUGCAUCAGAAAUAAUUAACACGGCAUAUGUAUUUUCAAGGAAAGAUCUUUCAAGGCCUGCUGUACUACUCCCUGGUGCCAGCAAACCCAUUUUGGUAGUACGCUUCUGUCCUGUGGUUUUUAGCUUGAGGGGAUCCAGCUCAGUUAGUUUCUUCAAGAUGCCAUAUCGGGUUGUUUUUGCACUGGCCACCUUGAACUCUCUUUACAUUUAUGAUACUGAGAGUGUUGCUCCAAUAGCUAUCUUGGCUGGUCUUCACUAUGCAGCUAUCACAGACAUUUCCUGGUCACCUGAUGCCAAACACCUAGCGGUGUCCUCUCAAGAUGGGUAUUGUACACUUCUAGAAUUUGAAAACGAUGAACUGGGAUCACACCCAUCUCCUUGACAGAAGCAAAGAAAGUUGCAGAAGAAAAGAUAAGUCCAUUGCCUCAGAAACCGGAGGAUACAGUGACUAUGGAGAUCGAUAGAAGAGCACAAGCAAGCAGAGAUGAAGGGAGACAAGCAUUGCCAAACCCUGUGAGGACUUCCAACCCAAAUAAGCCUGCUAGAAAGCGCAUCACUCCAGUUGCCAUCGAGAAGCCAUAACUGUAAUUCUUUGCCUUCUCUCUUCUUUUUUUCUUUGCAUUUUUGUAAUUGUAAUUUUUGACUAACCUAAAUUGAAAAUUCAUCCACAGUUCUCUCUCUCUCUCUCUCUCUCUCUCUCUCUCUCUCUCUCUCUCGCGUCAUAUAGAUUUCUACUGAAAGAGUCAUAAUAUUUCUUGCUUGGAUCACCCAA